GCCUCACUGUUGUGUUGAAUGAAAAGAGGAUGACUGAAAGAAAAUUAGCUGUUUUGAAAGGGGUGACUCAUUAUGAACUCGAUUUUAGUUAUGGUAAUUGAUGAGUAAAUGGGUUUUGAGUGCUGUUUUUCAAGCUGCAAAUAAAAAAAAGGAAUGUCUUGUGGUCACUAAGUUAAAUGUCUUUUUUAAACAUGGAUCGAACAGUAACUAGAUGUGAAUCUGAUUCAGGGGUCAGAAAGCUCUCUGAUAUAUCAUCUGAUUUAGACAUAGAUGUGAACAAAAUGUUAUUAGAAAGAUCUCAGUCUGUGGUAGAUUUAGAUGCUAGUAGACUGUUAGAAAGAUCACAGUCUGAUGCAGCACUUUUACGAUCGGCCUACGAGAAGGGAAAAUUUCUUGAAGCAACAUUUUCCACUGACCGUGUGCAACCAGAACAUGUCCCUAACAGACGGGAACGCUUAAAGAUAGCAGACAAUUCAACAAUUUUCUUUGAUCUACCAGAAUCAGAUGAGGGUUCACCCAAAUUAGUUCGAAGCAAAUCAAGAAAGGAACCAAUACUAGACACAAUCAAACAAGAAGAGGUUUUAAAUUUUAGGAGACACAGUAUGCCAGAAUAUGAUUCUGAACGAGAUAGUGCUGAACCGCCAACACCAGACAGUGAUGAUAAUUCAAAUAGUUCUAAUUUUUAUGCAAAAUAUCCUCUACAUUUGCAUCCAGGUUCUGUAAUCCAUAAAUAUGGCCAUAAUCUCAAGCUGAGUUACCAAACGAUGUCCCAACAAAUAGAAGAUCUGAUAACAUCUGUAAAAGAUGAGGAUACAGAUGAAAGCAGCCAGUGUAAUCUUUUAGGAGAGAUUUUAGAUAUAAUAGAGUCGGCGUGGUAUACUCCUAUAUAUGGUCGAGAUUUGGCAUAUGGCCUCUGUGAUAUUAUCAAGUUAGAAGGCCUGCUGGACAUCCUCAUACAAAAUUGUACAUCUUCAAAUCACCAACUGUUGAAAUGUUCUGUUGAUCUGUUAGAACAGGUGAUGUCGACAAAGAAUCGAGAACGGUUAGCUCGAGUUGGACUAGAUAGGGUUGUUAGAAUGACUUGUAAAGCUAUAGGAGAUACAACAUUAGCUAAGUCAACUGUUGGCGUGCUUGAAAAUCUUUUCAAACUUUCAGAAGAAACUUGCUCGAAAGUCAUUAAUCUCGGGGGUUUGGAUGUAAUUUUACAUUGGUGCAGAUGUAGUCAAAUUGAAGUUUUGCGUCGAUGUGCGAAGGCGUUGGCUAAUCUCUCUUUGUUUGGUGGAUGUGAAAAUCAAGAAUUCAUGGCAAAACACAAAGUUCCCGAAUGGUUGUUUCCUUUGGCAUUUUCCGAUGAUAACAGUGUUCGAUAUUAUGCUUGUUUGGCUACCAGUGCUUUAGUAGCUAAUAAAGAAUUAGAAGCUAAAGUUUCAAAAUCGGGUACCCUCGAUCUAGUCCUUCCGUUUAUUAAUUCUAAUCGACCAUCAUCUUUCGCUGCUAGUGAUCUCACUCAUAAACAGGGUCGGGAUAAGAUCUGGUUAAAACAUUUAAUACCAUUAUUAUUUAGUCGUAGAAUGGAAGCGCAAACAUUGGCAGCAUUUCACUUCGCAAUGGAAUCCUACAUAAAAGCUGAACAAGGCAGAACUGAGAUUUUUCAUGAAAUUGAUGCCGUUGAACCAUUAAAGAAGAUAGCAAGUAGUCCUAAUGCUGUUGCUUCCAAACUUGCUGUUGAAGCUUUAAAGAUUAUUGGUGAAAAGAUACCUCACAAGUUAUCGCAACAAGUACCACUAUGGACAGUUGAUGAUGUUAUUUAUUGGGUUUCUCAGGUUGGUUUUACGAAAUAUAAAGAAACUUUUUACGAGGAACAAAUCGACGGUGAUCUUUUACUGACCUUAAAUUGUGAUGAUCUCAAAGAUGGUCUGGACAUGCAGAACAGUGUAGUUAGAAAAAGGUUUAUGCGAGAAUUGAAAUCUCUCAAAAUUACAGCUGAUUAUUCAUCAUGUGACCCAACCAGCUUAGAUAAUUGGUUAAUGAGAUUGUCCCCCGAUCUGUCCCAAUACACAUAUCAUAUGUUACGCCAAGGCGUAGAUAAAUUUGUUCUACAGACAUUAUGUGAGGAAGAAUUAAGAAAUGAAUGUGCUAUAUCAAACAGUAUACAUAGAAAACUUAUACUCCAACAUUUAAAUGAAUUAGUGAGUCCAAGUUCUAGUUGUCAGAAUAUAGCUCUACCAUUAACAGAUCAUCAAUUAGGUGUUAGUUUAGGUAGUGGUAUGAGGACAAUAGAUGUAUUUAUAUCAUACAGAAGAUCUAAUGGUUCACAAUUAGCAAGUUUAUUAAAGGUGCAUCUUCAAAUACGAGGUUUUUCUGUAUUUUUGGACAUUGAGAGAUUACGUGCAGGAAAGUUUGAUGAGAAUUUGUUGUUAAGCAUCAAAUUAUCACGGAAUUUUGUUUUAAUAUUAACACCUGAAUCAUUAGACAGAUGUAUUGGUGAUACAGAAAGAGAAGACUGGGUUCAUAGGGAAAUUGUGGCAGCAUUAGAAAGUAAUUGUAACAUUAUACCUGUAAUGGAUAACUUUAAUUGGCCUUUAUUAGAGAAAUUACCUAUGGACAUGCAUCCUGUUGUUCGCUUUAAUAGUGUCAAGUGGAUACAUGAUUACCAGGAAGCCUGUGUUGAUAGAUUACAAACCUUUUUACGUGGUGAUCCUGAUAAAGAAGGUUCCCAACUCAAACAUAAGUCUUCACUUUAUAGUAUUGCCUCAUCACCUUCAUCAGACGAUUUAUAUCUUAAAUCAGAAACUUCCAAUAGAUCUAUGUGUAGUUUAUUGAACAUGACUGAUUGAUAAUAGUCCUCAUUAAUGAUAUCCAACAUUGUUUAUAGAAUCAUAUUCCCCAAAGCAGGGGCUAAAAUAUACAUAAUAGUCCUCAUUACCAACCCUCCACUACAACCUCAUCUUCACAAGGCUGGAUUAUUGCGAGGGCGAUGAUUUUAAGAUAAUCCUUGGUUGAAAGUCACUUGUGUGGUUAAUAUUAAGUCUGAAUUACACCAUUAUUUUGUUUUUUAGGUUUUAGAUUGGUGGUGGUAAUUUGUAAAACCGUUCCGUAUUAAUUACUCUAGUGAUAGGACAUUUACAAGUUUGGGGCUGCUGUGCCCUUUCUUUCAUGUCUUAAGAUAACAUCAUACCUUAUUCAUUCAACCUCAACAACCUAAAAUUAUAUGUAUAAACAGUAAUCCAGAUAAUUAUCCUAGUCAGGGAGUACAAUACAUGGGCCCCAUAUUUUGCACUGAGUGGAAAUUAUACUUAUUAACAUAUUCACAAAUUCCCUUACUUUAUAAAUUUUUUUCAUAAAGAUCUGUAGGGAUUUAGGGCAUCCAUAAUUCUGGAACAUUCAUAUAUAUGAUAUUAAGGAUGAGUAUUUUUUUCCUUAAAUGAUAAUUUAUUUUUUCAAAUAUUUGACAAUAUUUAGAGAAUUUAGGGCAUAUAUCUAGAACUGUAGCUUGUCCACAGCAUGUACAAAAUAAUGAAAAGUCCCAUGUUAAUUUAUUUUUCCUUGGGCUUCGCUUUCAUUUAUGUUCUCAAAAAUUUGACAAAUAUGUAGAUACCUAUUUCCUUAGCCAAAAUAAUUGCUAAAAUGAGAUGCACAAAUAUUUUAUUAUCAAUCAACAUUUUUAAUAUUUUUAUGCUAAGAACAGGGAUAUGAAUAAAUUG